CUCAGUGAUCUUCAGCUCUGCUCGGAGUCAUGAGGGGGCGCUGCACUGUGUGAAGAUGGCCAACGCCGUGGCUUCCUACGACCAGCUGGCCCACCAGGUGGAGGCGCUCCGGAAGGAGAACUCCCACCUGAGGAGGGAGCUGGAGGACAACUCCAACCACCUGUCCAAACUGGAGACGGAGACGUUCGGCAUGAAGGAGGUGUUGAAGCAGCUGCAGAGCAAACUGGAGCAGGAGGCUGGAACUCUGGCGUCGUCCGGGAGGAGCGACGUGCUGCACCAACUUAAAGAGCUCCACAUGGACCUCACCAACUACUACGAACUCAAACACCAACCUCACAACCUGAGGCUGCUGUCGGGCAGCCUCGGAGGGGCGGGGUCAGGUGUGGGCGGAGCUCCAGAGCUAGACGAUCACCUGGCUCUGCCUCCGUCCUCCUGCACCUCCUCUUCCUCCUCGAUGGCGGCGGUGAGCAGAGCCAGGAGUCCACUCAGAGCGGCGUCCCGUCAGAGCAUGGCCUCUGCCGGGGAGGCUGCCGCCGUCAUGCUGCCACAUCACUUCCUGGAUGGAGCCCCGCCCAAAACAGCCGUGAUUAGCGGAGCAGAUGGACGGCAGAGCGACCAUCACCUGGAGGAGCUGUACAAGGAGAGGAACCUCCUGCUGGGGGAGAUCGACCGCGAGGAGAGGGAGCGCUGCUGGUACUUCAGCCAACUGGAGGCGCUGUCACAGAGACUGGCCCAGCUGCCACGCAUCGACAUGUUUUCCCUGCAGAUGGAUCUGAUCCGGCAGCAGCUGGAGUUCGAGGCUCAGCAGGUUCGAUCUGUGAUGGAGGAACGCUUCGGCACCAGCGACGAGAUGGUCCAGAGGACGCAGAUGCGUGUUGCUCGUCUGGAGCAGCUGGAGAAAGAGCUGCAGGAGGCCCGAGGGAGCCAGGAGAGUCAGCUACAGCUGUCCGGCGCUGAGAAGCCCCCAGCUGGAGAACCAGAGAACAGCAGCUCAUCAGCAACUGCAGCAGCAGGAACAGAAGCAGCAGACGGAGGCAGCAAGGUGGAGAUGGUGUUCUGGCUGCUGUCCAUGCUGGCUAACAGAGAUAAGGAGGAGAUGUCCCGCACUCUGCUGGCUCUGUCCAGCUCUCAGGACAGCUGCAUCGCCAUGAGAAAGUCCGGCUGCGUCCCUCUGCUGGUCCAGAUUCUGCAUGAAGCUCCAAGCGGAGGAGGUGGGGAGACCUCCACGGGCAGCACUGCGACUGGCUGUAGUCGCGAGGCCAAGUCCAGAGCGAGCGCCGCUCUCCACAACAUCAUCUACUCCCAGCAGGACGAGGGUCAGGCCCGCCGCGAGAUGAGGGUGCUGCACAUGCUGGAGCAGGUGCGGACCUACUGCGACAGCGGCUGGGACUGGAUCGAGAGCCACGCUGGGACGCCGUCACCCGGAGGAACUAAAACAACAGAUAUUCCUGAACCUGUGGACCCUCAGAUUUGUCAGGCUAUGUGUGCCAUCAUGAAACUCUCCUUUGAAGAAGAGUAUCGCCGGGCCAUGAAUGAGCUAGGUGGUCUACAGGUGGUGGCGGAUCUGAUCCACCUGGACCAGGACAUGUACGGCAUGCAGAAUGAUCCCAUCAACAUGGCUCUGCGCCGUUAUGCAGGAAUGGCCCUCACCAACCUCACCUUUGGGGACGUUGUAAACAAGGCCACCCUGUGCUCAAAGAAGAGCUGCCUCCAGGCUCUGGUAGCCCAGUUGGCCUCUGACAGCGAGGAGCUCCACCAGGUGGUCUCCAGCAUCCUGAGGAACUUGUCCUGGAGGGCCGACAUCAGCAGCAAGAGAGUCCUCAGAGACAUCGGCUGUGUGUCUGCCCUGAUGACAUGCGCCCUGCAGGCCACCAAGGAGUCAACACUGAAGAGUCUUCUGAGUGCUCUGUGGAACCUGUCGGCGCACAGCAUCGACAACAAGGUGGCGAUCUGCUCGGUGGAUGGCGCUCUGGGCUUCUUGGUCAGCACUCUGACGUACCGCUGUCAGACAAACUCACUCGCCAUCAUCGAGAGCGGCGGAGGGAUUCUCCGAAAUGUGUCGAGUCUGGUCGCUACACGGGAAGACUACAGGCAAAUCCUCAGGGACCACAACUGCCUCCAGACGCUGCUGCAGCACCUGCGCUCCCACAGCCUGACCAUAGUCAGUAACGCCUGCGGGACUCUCUGGAACCUCUCAGCUAGGAGUCAAAAAGACCAGGAGCUGCUGUGGGACCUCGGGGCAGUUAGCAUGCUGCGCAACCUGAUCCACUCUAAGCACAAGAUGAUAGCCAUGGGCAGCGCUGCAGCUCUAAGAAACCUCCUCACCAAUAGACCCUUGAAAUAUAAGGAUGCUGCUGUCGUAUCCCCUGGCUCCUGCAUGCCCUCGCUCUAUAUGAGGAAACAGAAGGCUCUGGAGGCAGAGCUGGAUGCCAAACACCUAGCAGAGACUUUUGAUACCUUGGAGAAACAGAGCCCCAAGCACCUGACCCUCAACAAGCCACUACGCCACAUCGAGAGUCUGGCAAAGGAUUACGCAUCUGAUUCUGGUUGUUUUGAUGAUGACGAGGCCCCCAAUGUCUCCAGCAGCCUGGACACUGGAAGCUUCUCCAUGCUGUCCAUGUUUCUGACCAACUCUAACUUCCUGCAAAACCAGCCACGUAAGAGGGACAGCGAACCUGAGAGAGAUGUAGACCCGCCUCAUAUGGUCGACAAGAGACACGCUCCUUCUGAUGAUGUGGUCUCAGCUGCUGCAGAGAAGCUCGCCAAAAAGAUUACUAACACGGUUGCAAAGAUCGACAGAUUGGUGGAGGACAUCACCAUGCACACGUCGUCUGAGGACAGCUUGAGCCUCAGCUCUGAAGACCACCUGGCAGACUGGCCUUAUGGACUGGAUGAACUCAAUGAAGCCCGGGCGAAGUCUUGCUCCCCCUGCCGUCUGUCCGAUACAAGCAGCUUAGCCCACAGAGAACGCCUCAGCAGAGCCCAUGCCCUCUUACGCCUCAAAACUGCCCAUUCAAGUGUAUCAACAGACAGCCUGAACAGUGGCAGCACCAGCGAUGGCUACUGUGGCAGCAAAGACCAGAUGCGACCUGCUCCAAGAGCUCUAAUGAUGCAACAACGACCAAACCAGCUCGAUCUCAAAGUGGCUCAUCAAGAGUAUCUUAAUGUGAGGCCUGCUGUCCUAAAUGAGACAAACCAGCAAGACAUCCCAGAGAGAGACUCUGUAGACAACAAAGAUGUGAAACCUCUAGAGCUCAGCAACACAGAUGCAGAAAAGAACCAAGAUCCAGCUGUACAAACACCUGUCAGUGCAUCCACCAAGAUGUCUUCGGAUGUCAGUAUGACGUCAAUUAAACUGUCUCCUUCUUAUCAACAGGUGCCACUUAUUCAGAGUGUGGCCAAAUUUGGGGUAGCAAAGACAGCCAUUAAUGUCCAGGCUGCCCAAGCAAUGAGGAGGCAGGCAUGGGUACCUACUGUGAUGACUGGGGGGAGUAUAACAAAGUUUUCUCCAAUGACUUCCACCAGAAGUCCAACCAUCGGCACCAUGGAGACGGUCCAGAAGUACUCUGUUGAAAACACUCCUAUCUGCUUCUCCCGCUGCAGCUCGCUGUCCUCCCUCUCCUCUGGUGACGGAGCACUGGACGGACAAAGUGAGAACGAGCUGGAGAGUGACUCGUCAUUAGAGAUAAUUGAAGUAGAAGAUGGAGAAGUGGUGAAGAGAGUGGAAGAGGAUGAAACCUUGGAGGAUCUUAGUGACAGCCAGCUGUUGAUGACUGACUCCAAAACCUUCCCCAGCAAAGAGACGGAUCCCAUCGAAAUCCCCUGUCCUGCCAAAAGGGAGAAGGUGUUCCUGCGAGGAGCUUCACCAGCCAUACUGGAAGACAGAUCUCCAUCCAGCUCAUCUGAGAACUACAUCCAUGAAACGCCCCUGGUGAUGAGUCGUUGUAGCUCCGUCAGUUCACUGGGCAGCUUUGAGUCUCCCUCCAUUGCCAGCUCGAUCCAAAGUGAUCCAUGCAGUGAAAUGAUUGAUGGAACAAUAAGCCCAAGUGAUCUUCCCGACAGUCCGGGACAAACUAUGCCUCCUAGUCGCAGUAAAACUCCUUGUUGUGUCGAGCCUAAUGGACCAGAACCACAGAGCACAGGGAUAGCAGGGCAGUGGGAAAGCAGUCUGCGAAAGUUCAUGGAGAUUGCAGACUCCAAGGAAAGGUUCAACCUUCCUCCUGACCUGGACACCAUGAUCUACUUCACUGUGGAAAAGCCUACUGAGAACUUCUCUUGUGCUUCCAGCUUAAGUGCUUUGCCUCUUCAUGAGCAUUACAUACAGAAAGAUGUGGAGCUGAAAUUAACCCCCCUACUCCAGCAAAAUGACAAGAGCAUCCCUUUCCCUGAUGAAGAUGAGCAGGGACUUGACAAUGGAGAACGAUACAGUGAGGGCAACUCAGACGAUGACAUUGAAAUCUUAAAAGAAUGCAUCAAUUCAGCAAUGCCCUCUAAGUUCAGAAAAGUAAGACCUUCACUGAUGACCACCAUCCCUCCUCAUAUCCUCAAUUCACAGAUGCGAAAACCGAUACAUCUUCCGGUUUACAUGAUGCUCCCAAAUGGCAAAACUCAAAUGUGCCCUGGGAGGAGAAUCGUCAUCCCGCAAAAAGACUUAAAAUUUGAUGAUUCGUCCUUCACAGAUUCAGCAGAAGGAACGCCCGUUAACUUCUCCAGCACAACAUCGUUAAGCGAUGAAACACUUCAGUAUCCAGUCAAGGAGAGGGGGGCUAAAGACUGCACGGCUAAAGGCAUGAACAAACAGGAGCUGAUUGAUGAUGAAGCGAAAAGGAUUGAAGACUUGAGGAUAUUCUCACACUUUCAUAAACCCAACAGGAUGAACUACCCACCUGAGAUACAAAUGAGCCGAACAACGAAACAUAUCAUUCCUACUCAGAGAGUGCUGAUGCAGAGCAAAGAGGUAGCUGACAGAGUGGCCAACCAAAAGAAUCGUGAUCAGUCUCCUAAUCAGCAAAAGAGGCGGCAAGGCCCUGUCAGGAAACUGGAGUUGCCUGUCAUAAAGCAAAACACAGACGGUAGCCACAGUGUUGGGUCACAGAAAGGAAUCUUUCGACAAAUGACCCAUUCUUCAGAGGACAGUAAUGGCUUCUAUGAUGAUGAAAAUGAAGAAGUAACAAAGCGAACGAGUAGAAAACAGAUCAAGGAAGCGAGCAGAAAUACUCUCUCCCGAAGCAUGACUAAUAUUGGCCGGAUAGAUAAUUCCCAAGCGAAGGCCCGAGGGUUUCACAGAAUUAAACAGAAUCUGAUAAAGGAUGAAUCCUUGGCAUGUUACUCACUCAGCUCCUCUCUCAGUUCACUCAGCGAUGCCGAGUUUGAUGAUCAUAAAUCAAAAGCCCAGCAAAUAUGGUACAAGAACAGACACAACAAAUCUCUGAAUAUGGCGCAACAAGCAAAGCCUGUGACUAUUCACUGCCAGUACGAAGAGCAAAGCUCACCAAGCUCUGUUAGCAUGGACUCAGAGGAUGACCUGCUUCAGAAAUGCAUAACGUCUGCCAUGCCCAAGCAGAGAAGGAAGAUGGCUGCCAGGAAGAAGAAAGAAAACACUCAGAAACAAAAACAAAAGAUCUCAGACGGGUGGGACUUGGACGAGGAAAUGGAUAGUGAUGACAUGGCGUGGGAUAAAGAUUCAGACCUCAAUAGUGUUGAAUGGAGAGCCAUACAGGAAGGUGCUAAUUGUGUUGUCACUGGGCUGCAGGCAUCAAAGUCUCAAGAGCCAUCCUCGGAGGAGACAGAGUCCGUCCUGUCAUUCAUGUCAACAUCAAGCUUCACUCCCAAAGAAAGAAAGUUUGCUAAAGACAAAAAGGCAAAUAAACCUUUGGACUUUGCACAGCGCAAACCGGUUCCUAACCUACCUGUAGUUUUUAGAGGCAGGACGGUGAUCUAUACACCGAAAAAAGAGACGGCUCCAUCACAAAGACCUCCACCCAGAAAAGUACCAACCAAGACAGAUGCUCCAAAGAACCCAAACCUCGCUCAGCACAGAUCAAAGAGCCUCCACCGACUUGGCCAUCCCCAGGACAUAGAGCUGUCUUUGCCAAAGAGGAGCUCUACUCCACCUCCAAGGAUACCAAAAAGUUCCUCUUCUGGAUCAUCGCAGAGCUCCACACCAUCCAAACAGUCACAGAAGAAGAUAACAUCUCCAAUUCAGACCAAUAAAUCUAUCCAGAAAAAGAACGCCACACCAGCUAGUAGCCCACCGGCUACUAGUCCCCCUGAAAGAAAGGGACGCUCUCCUGUUGUGAAUCAAAAUGAAAAAUCCCCACCACCUAAGACUCAGAAGUCACCUGUCCGAAUCCCUUUUAUGCAAAAUUCAGUUAGGCAGCCAAGACCUCUGUCACCCCUGGUAACUAACCAAACAACCAGACAACCAAAUCAGGCCAGCGGGAAAAGGGGGCUACCAGCCAAUCGAUUCGACCUGGUCAGGAUGACAUCGGUCCAUUCCAGUGGGGGUGAGUCGGACCGCAGUGGAUUCUUGAGACAGCUGACUUUUAUUAAGGAAUCAAAGACUGUGCUGAGACGUGACAGCGCUGCUCGCAACACACCUGGAUCUCAGAACGGAUCCCCCCGCAGAGCAGUUCCUGGAGCUGCAGCCGUCUUCCUCUGCUCCUCACGCUGUCAGGAAUUGAAGGCCGCUGUGCAACCCCCACGAAGGGUGCAAGUAAAAGAUCCAGCACCAGCCCAGCGAGUCCAGAAGUCAAACCCUGGCCUUCAGAAGCAGACUACCACCCUGUCAAGAGCCACAUCCAGUGAAAGGGACCUUUCUACAAGACGCCCAGCCAGGAGAACAAGCUCCGAAAGCCCCUGCAGGGUUGCCCAGCGAAAUGGGCCUGGCAGACUGUCUGGAGUCAGGCAGCAACAAGACAAAGACACCUUUAAGCGUCAUGCCUCAUCGCCAAGCAUCAACAUACUUAGCCGAGUGACCAGCCGUUCUUCACUGCGCUCUUCAUCGUCUGAUUCAAGUGGAAGAGCAAAGAGCGAGGAUGAGACAAAAAAGAGAGGGCAGAGAGCUGCAUCUCGGCUGAAUGACGGAGUCACCUGGAGACGCAUCAGGGAUGAAGAUGUACCUCAGAUCUUGAAAAGCACUCUGCCAGCCAAUGCAUUACCUCUGGUGCCUUCUCCUGACGGGGAAAAGCCAAAGCUACCAGCUCUUCCAGGAAAACUGCCAACCAUUUUACUUGCAUCUCGUAAGACAAGCGACGCGACAGUCCAGACUGAAGAUUUUCCAAAUAACAAGACCAACUCGAGCACCUCUCCGACAGUUGAAGCAACUUCGGUGAUUUCUGAGGAUGUAACAAGACUGGCCCUCCUCAGGAAGUUCAGCGCCACCUCUGGAAGUAACCUGCAGGAUGGAGAUUCAGAGGGCUCACUGAAGAGCACCGUCUCAACAGGAACGUCAGACAGCCACGUGGGCGGAGUCGUCACCUUCCGCCAAGGAUCCCCGAGCAAGGCAGCUCGAGUCACUCCGUUUAACUACAUCCCCAGCCCAAUGGCCUGCUGCCUGCAAGACACACAAUGUCAAGCAGCUCCAAUCAGCGAAAAGUCGGGGGGGAAAGGUGAGUCGUAGGGCGUUUGGACUACAGCUCGACUCCUGAAUAAAAACUCAGCACUCAGAUGGACAGAUGUGAAGCGUGCUGGUCCCUAUACCUCGGGUAUUGACCCUUUACUUACCCCGUUCAAGUUUUCCUCUCUGAACGAUUGAUCACAGCUUCCACCUCCCAUUCAUACAGAGUUGGAUGUAUGUAUUGAGAUAUGAAUGGACCACCAGAUGCA